AGUCAGAAUCACAGUGUGUUUGAGCGAGAGGCAGAUUAAAGCCCAGGCGAAAGACUGGAGUGAAACAGCUUAAAUAGAGAAGUGAACCUAUACGUCCUCUCCCGUUUUCCUUGCCAUCCCUUUCCUCCUCCUCUCCUCCUCCUCUUCCUCUCCCAUUUUCCAACAUUCACAGGACUGCCAGAGCUACUGCCACCUGCACCUCCUUACGUCUUCUCUUUCCUCUUCAUCCUCUACCUCACCCUUAUCACGCGUUACUAUCCGAUACCAGCCGCUGACGGACACUCUGCUCCUGGUUCAAGCACUUGUGGAAAUAUUUCCAUUGAUCCAGCAGUGAGAGACUGAGUGAGCAUCUGGCUGAUACUGAGGCUCCGGACCAGUGAGGCACCCUACGUCAGGAGCUUUCCCGUCAGAGACAGAUCUUCUUCCCAGCCGCUGUCCGGCACGAAGACCCUGCCUUCUCCCUGGAGGACUGGCUAGCGACACAGUGAUACGGACAGCAAAGAAAGGAUUCGCAUUGCUCCUCUGCUGCCUCUAUCCCAUUGCUAGCUACUUGGCAGCUCCCGCCCCCGUGUCACCAUUCCCUGCCUCAGUGCUAAGGAUUCCAGCUACAUGGGCAAGCGAUUGGAGCAGCAGCCAAUGUACCCUCAGUACACCUACUACUACCCCCACUAUCUCCAGACCAAGCAGCCCUAUGCUCCACCCCCUCAUCCCAUGGCUCCUCCCAGCCCCAGCACCAACAGCUGCAGCCAGGGAGGGGCGGAGCAGCUGAGUAAGACCAACCUGUAUAUCCGAGGCCUGCCACCUGGGACCACCGACCAGGACCUCAUCAAGCUCUGCCAACCGUAUGGAAAAAUAGUGUCAACCAAGGCCAUUCUGGAUAAGAACACCAACCAGUGCAAAGGCUAUGGCUUUGUGGAUUUUGACAGCCCAGCUGCGGCACAGAAGGCUGUGUCGUCUCUCAAAGCCACCGGGGUGCAGGCCCAAAUGGCCAAGCAACAGGAGCAGGACCCCACCAACCUGUACAUCUCUAACCUGCCGGUGUCAAUGGAUGAACAGGAGCUGGAGAACAUGCUAAAGCCCCUGGGUCAUGUUAUCUCCACGAGGAUACUGAGGGAUGCCAACGGGGUCAGCAGAGGAGUCGGCUUCGCCAGGAUGGAGUCCACAGAGAAGUGUGAAGUAGUGAUACAACAUUUCAACGGAAAAUACCUGAAAACCCCGCCAGGAAUUCCAACUCCCAAUGAGCCUUUGCUGUGCAAAUUUGCCGACGGAGGGCAGAAGAAACGCCAGAGCCAGAGCAAGUACCCUCAGAACGGAAGGCCGUGGCACAGAGAAGGCGAGACUGGCAUGGCGUUAACAUACGAUCCCGCUGCAAUGCAGAACGGGUUCUACUCCUCGCCUUACAGCAUCGCCACCAACCGCAUGAUCGCACAGACCUCCAUCACGCCCUUCAUCGCUGCUUCCCCCGUCUCCACAUAUCAGGUCCAGAGUACGUCAUGGAUGCCUCAUCAACAAUAUGUUAUGCAACCUACAGGUGCAGUGAUCACGCCAGCCAUGGACCACACUAUGUCCAUGCAGCCUGCCAGCAUGAUGGGCCCUCUCACCCAGCAGAUGAACCAUAUGUCCCUGGGCACUACAGGAAGUUACAUGACUGCUGCAGCCGCCGCGGCGCCUAUGCAAGGGACCUACAUUCCCCAGUACACUCCUGUGCCUCCAACAGCCGUCCCUGUCGAAGGAGUGGUGACGGACGCCUCCCCCCAGACAGUGGCUCCCUCGUCACAGGAGGUGGCGGGCCAGCAGCAACAGAUGCAGGUGGACAGUGCUGCCGACCAUGUUCCUGCUUACUCAUACCAGUCCAAAUAGCAACAACCUGAGAAUGUUCCUGUGACAGCGUUGCCUUGAGACAGAGGGUGGCUGCACUGUGAAUGUGAGGAAAAGAGAAAAGAAAGAGAUUGCUUCCAGAUUGCCCAGGCACCAAAAAAGAGACACUUUUUUCAUUUCCUACCUGGCCUAUGAGAAAAAACAGCAAGGAGGAGGCAAAGAGUGGAGUGAGGAAGGGGAUGCGGAAAUUGCUGGGCACAGUGCAAAGAAGUGAAAUUGUUUAGUCUGGGAACCUGCCUGAAGGGCUGGGCUGAAGCUAGAAAAGUUUCUCAAAGAAAAUUCUCAACCAAUUAAAAAAAAAAAAGAGAAAAAAAAAACAAAUAUAAAAUGACAAAAAAAAAAAGAUUGAAUGCGAAGGUAGGUGAUGAAGUUUAUUUUGUAAUUAGAAAAGGGGAGUCAAGUUUGAGAUACACACAGAGAUUGUCUUCCUCAGAUAUUAAGCUACAAUUUCUUUUCACUAUUUUUUAUGUUCUAGUGUUAAAUUUUAGUUUUCUAGAUAUAUUCGAAAAACAAAGUGUUUUUUCUUUCUUGAAUCUUCAUGGCCUUAAUUUGAGGGGCGCCAGAAACUUUUUACAGAGUUCAAGUCUGACGUCUGGUUAGGAAAAAAAAAAAAAAAAGCAAACAAAAUCAGUCUCUUGGACCACACGGAGGGUACAAGACACUGGAUGAGUUGUUAUAAAGAGGAAAAAAGAAUCUAUCACAUAAGCUGUACAGAUUUAAUAGAGAAGAGCUUUUUUUUUCUUUUCUUCAUUAGAAGAAAACUUUGAUAAUUAUUAUGUCAGAGGUAACUAAGUGUCAGAAGAAAACAAAAUGUCUGUUGGGGAAAAAGACUUGGGGGGGAAGAUGAAGCUUUGAAGAGAUUUUUCACAAUGAGGAAAAAAAAGAAAACAUAAGAAAACAUGCUGCAUUGUGGAUGCAGUCUGUUGCAAAUGCUGAACUUGUUUUUUAUUAUCAUAAUUAUUAUUUUACAAGGCAAAGUUGCUGUCAAUGACAUUAGUGCUUUUUAUCUGCCACAUUUUACCUUUUUUAUGAGCUUUAAGCUGUUUUUAGCCCGCUUUGCUUGUCACACUGCAAAAAGUUGAAAAAAAAGAAAAAAAGGAAAAAAAAGAAAAAGAGGAAGAAAAAAAUAUAAAACAAAUGAAAAAAAAAAGCUACAGAAAAAAAAUCUGGCAGUGAAACAAAAACAGUAGAUACAGUAGGAGCUUACGGUUUAAACCAAUCAGUGCAAAAGCAAUAGAAGAAAUUGUUGACAAUUUCUGUAGUCUUUCCUAGUUGUGGAUCAAAUGCAGCCCAUGGAUGGCCAUUUUUAUACCAAAGAUGAAGAGACACUCUGAACCAGAGUUUUGUUUUGUUUUCCUUUCCAUUUUUUCAGUUUGAUUUUGUUGUUGUUGAUGUUGAUGUUGUUGUUGAUGUUAAUGUUGAUAUUGUUGAUGUUGUUGUUGCUGUUGUCGUCGUUUUUUUAUUUGACCUUGAUGGCCGGACCAGUCCUUACUAUCCUUCUUCACAUCUUCUUUUCACCAGUUUAAAGCUCAUUUUUCCACGGUUGUCCAAGCUAUCACACACAGAUGCGCGCGCACACACACACACACACACACACACACAAACACACACACACACACACAUACACACACACACACACACAUAGACAUAUCGAAACAUGCGCACAGAUACAAACUCACACACGCAUCAAACAGUAUUUAAAUAUGUGAUGCAACCGGUGGCAGUUCUACCAAAACUUCACUUCUUCUUAUUGUCUUUUAAUUGACUGAAUAUGUCUCAUCGCUUUCACACACCGUGGGUGCAUUCCACCUCUCUCUCUUUCAGAUCCUGCAGGGAAAACUUAAGAAAACAGAUUGGGGAAUGUUGUUUGCUACGCUCCGUGAUUGUCAAUGCAUUGCUUCCAGCUUUGUGUUCUUACUGAUCUUCAGUCUUUUUAUCUCUUCGAUUCAACCAUAACUAACUCAACCAUCUCUCGGCAUACUGAGCGUCAGUGUUGAACUGAGAAUCUCCCUGCUGCUGUUUGGCCUCGUUUUAAUCUCUGUCGUCUAGACGUCACCAAACCCGGGUCACUUUUUUGAGUAUGCUCAGAAUACCGAAUGAGUGACGUUUACUGCAUAUUAUACAUCAGGUAAGACAAAGAAACUGUACAAAACUGGCUUUAAAGUCUCUAGCAGUGAUUGCAUAAACUUUAUGGCACUUGAUGAUCUUAAUGGUGGAUUAAAAUAGUUGAGAAGCAACAGAAAUGCUUGAAUAUCCCCAAAUAUGUUUCUUUCUUUUCGAUAAAUGAGAAGAUAAGUGUCACUCUCGUGUCGGCAGCUGGUUAGCCAAGGUGGACGCAUAGCCUGGUAACAAAAUUCACCUCACAGCACCUCUAAAGCUCACUAAUUAACACCUCAUAUCUUGUUUGUUUAAUCAGUACAAAAAACAAAGUUCAAACAUAACACUUUGUGGUUUUGCUGGUUUUAUUUGCCAGGCUGUUUCUUGGCUGGCUGCGGUUAUUCUCUGAAAUCUUGACGUCAUUGUGAGGUUGACAGGCAACAAGCGGAGACCACAGGAAGUUUCUGUUUCCAGCUAAUAAAUAUAGCGCUAUAUCUUUAAAACACAUCUGAACAGAAGCAAGGUUGACUCAUUUACUCCCUGAGAGGACACGUUUAAACUAGGGAACUUUGCUUUGUGAGACCUUUUUGCAUCGUGAUACUACCGUAACUCUGUGACACUAAAAGGGCAUAAAGGAAAUGUGUUUAAAGGGUAGAAAAAGGAUUGUUUGUCUUGAACAUCCACCUGAUUAUUUGUCCAACCCAGGCAGGGGAGGUCAGCACACCUAUGGGAGCUAACUAGGCUCCUCACCAGCCAUAACGAGACGUUGAUGGCAGCUCCUUCCUCGACCUCACAGCUGAAUGUCAGUUACACCCCUGGUUGUCCCAAUUUGUUGCACAAACAAACCUGUCUCAUCUCAUCCCGUCUUCCCAUCCCAGAGCUGCGUGAGGUUUGCAAUGACUUCAUCUCUGAGGAUUGUCCCAGCAAACAUUGCCUGUGGGACAGUGGUCAUUUCUGCCCCCACUACAGCAGCCUGUGUGUGUCAGGUGCACAGUGUGUCUGCUGUGUUCAUUCGCUCUGCCCCACAUUGGUGCCACAGCACUAAAAAAGACCCAGUUUUUCCCUGCUUCGCUGGCACCAUUAAUGUGCCAUGGCCAAGCCGGGCUCCU